ACUGUGAAAUGCACUAAGUUGGCAGCACUGUCUCGAUUUAACUUUCUCCUGCUCGUCAAAGAUGCUAUAAAUACAAUUUUAAAAAACUUAAUCCUAAAAAAAAACUAUGAGAAAAUAUUUUUAAUAUGCAAAAAAACAUCAAGUGUUGCUGUCACAAAUAACAACAAUAUUAUAUAAAAUCCGGAAAAUCAAAGUAUAACAAACAGAAAAUGUACACGGUAACAUCGGAAAUUUAUAAGGAAACAAAUUUUAAACCCAUUAAAUGUGAUGAUGGUAAAAUUGUUUCAAAAUUUGAAUUUAAAUAUCCCGAAAGCUGUGGUGUAACGGUUGAUGACGAUGGUGAUCUAGUGGUACCCAGACGAAAAAGUGACAUUGAACAUGAAAAUGGUGAUAUUGAAAUACAACAUUCCGAGGCCACCGAAAUACGUUUGGUCGGUCUACAAGUAUGGAGGGGUGCUCUGUUAUUAGCAGAUUAUAUAUUUCAUCAGCGUAACGAGUUCAAGGAUAAGCAAAUAUUGGAAUUGGGGGCUGGAGUAGGUUUGACAAGUAUUGCUGCUGGCAUAUAUGUUAACAAAGUGGUUUGUACCGAUGUUGACAUCGGAGGUAUUUUAGAUCUAAUAAGAGCUAAUGUUAAAAGAAAUGAAAAAUUUUGUGGAUCUAAUAAAGUAGAGGUGUUGGAGUAUGAUUUUAUGCAAGAUAAAGCGAACUACAGCCAACAGCUUUUGAAGGCCAUAGAUGAUAGUGAUAUUGUAGUGGCAGCUGAUGUGAUAUAUGAUGAUGACUUAACAAAAGCCUUUAUUAAUGUAAUGGAGGCGAUUUUUUCCAGAGAAAAAGUAAGUCAUAAGAAAAAGGAAAUAUAUGUGGCUUUGGAAAAACGUUAUGUCUUUACAACUUCUGAAUGUGAUGCAGUUGCUCCCAUGUUCGAACAUUUUCUUAAGUUAACUAUGCCCAAACCUUGGAGAUUUGUAUAUGUUCAAACUGAUUUUCCACAAUAUUUUAAAUAUGAAAGAUGUAAACAUUUGGUGCUACUUAAAGUUACUAGUUCUUAAAAAAAAACAAAUAUUUAGAA